CCCCCUUCCCCCCGUCCAUCCUUCCUGCGAGCUGUCAGCGCCGCCCGGCUGGUCCCUGGCGCGAGCCGGCAGCGCCCCGCUUCCUCCGCCGCCUCCCCCGCCAUGGGGCGUCCGCUCAGAUCCAAAUUUGCUUAUGGAAUUGCUCAAGAUGUGUACUCAGCAGAAAGAACACUUUCUACAUAAUCAAGUGGCCACUUCAAAAUUAAAAUAAAUGAUUGUGUGACUUGUCUUGCCUCAUCAGCUGUACUUCUUCACUGAAGCCUGAAGAACAAGUGAUCUUCACAGUAACAUUUUUAUGACAGUAUGACUAACUGUAAAGGCAGAUCUACCACAACAAAAGCAAGUAGUAAGGCUUAUGAUGGAGAACAUUUUGUAAACUGGACUAUAAAUCUAAAUACGAUUCAGUCUGACAAAUUUCUGAACCUGUUGUUAAGUAUGGUUCCAAUUGUUUAUCACAAAAGCCAGGAAGAGAGACAUAAAGUGAAUGGUGUCUGGCAAGAUGGAUUACAACCUACAGGGCUCAAUUAUAAUGUUAGAUCUGAUCAACACCUAGAGUACCAUCACUUCUCAGAACCAACUUUUCAUGGUAGUAAUGGACACAGUCCAUCUAGCUGUAGCCCAAAGUACGAUGAUUUUUCCAGUUAUAAUUAUUGUGAUGGAAUGGACACUUCAGAAACAGAUGCCAUAUUACAGGGUGACAGCUUAUCUACUGAUAGUGAUGAAGAUGUCAUUGUGGAAGGGAGCAGAAAACAGCCAAAGGAAUCCAGUAGUAUUAUGGCAUUACAGAUACUUGUACCAUUUUUGCUAGCAGGAUUUGGAACUGUUUCUGCUGGUAUGGUUCUGGAUAUUGUGCAGCAUUGGAAAGUGUUCAAAAAUGUUUCCGAAGUUUUUAUCUUGGUUCCUGCACUUCUUGGACUCAAAGGAAAUUUGGAGAUGACUUUGGCAUCCAGACUGUCAACUGCAGUAAACGUUGGGAAAAUGGAUUCUCCCAUUGAGAAAUGGAACCUAAUAAUUGGCAAUUUGGCAUUAAAACAGGUGCAAGCAACAGUAGUUGGUUUUCUGGCAGCAGUGGCAGCAAUCAUAUUAGGCUGGAUUCCAGAUGGCAAAUACCGCCUCGACCAUUCAAUCCUUUUGUGUUCCAGCAGUGUAGCAACUGCCUUUAUUGCAUCUCUUUUACAAGGGAUAAUUAUGGUUGGAGUUAUUGUUGGAUCAAAGAAGACUGGUAUUAAUCCUGACAAUGUUGCCACGCCCAUUGCAGCAAGUUUUGGAGACCUUAUCACUCUUGCUAUACUAGCUUGGAUAAGUCAGGGCCUUUAUGAUUGCCUUGAGACGUAUUAUUAUAUAUCUCCUUUAGUUGGUGCCUUUUUCUUGGCUCUGACUCCUAUGGGGAUUGUAAUAGCUGCCAAACAUCCAGCUACAAGAACUGUUCUCCAUUCAGGAUGGGAGCCUGUUAUAACUGCUAUGAUCAUAAGCAGUAUUGGUGGCCUUAUUCUGGACACAACUGUAUCUGAUCCUAAUUUGGCUGGGAUUGUUGUUUAUACUCCAGUAAUCAAUGGUAUUGGUGGUAAUUUAGUGGCUAUUCAAGCUAGCAGAAUUUCUACCUACCUCCAUUUACAUAGCAUUCCUGGAGAAUUGCCAGAGGAAGCCAAGGGUUGCUAUUACCCAUGCAGGACUUUUUAUGGUACAGGAGUAAACAACAAAUCAGCUCAAGUUCUGCUGCUUUUGGUGAUUCCUGGGCAUUUAAUUUUCUUGUACACCAUUCACUUAAUGAAAAGUGGACACACUUCACUGACUCCAAUCUUUAUAGCAGUAUAUUUGUUUGCAGCCCUGCUACAGGUAUUCACCCUGUUAUGGAUUGCUGACUGGAUGGUGCACCAUUUCUGGAAAAAAGGAAAAGAUCCCGACAGUUUUUCCAUUCCUUACCUUACUGCGUUGGGAGAUCUACUCGGAACAGCCUUAUUAGCCAUAAGUUUUCACUUCCUAUGGCAAAUUGGUGAUAAGGAUGGGGAUGUUGGAGAUUAAUUAUACAUAUGGACAUGCUAAUUUUCCUACCAGAUUGGGAGGAAAAAUAGGAGAUAACUGUUUACCAUUCCACUUCAGUGAAUGCCACCACAAUUGGUCCGUUUAAUAUGAGUAUUUUAAGUCAGUACAGAUAUUAAAUGGCCUUAAAUGAUGAGAUUUUGGGGUCUGUUUUGUCUUGUGUUUUUUUUAAACUACUAAGAGGAACAAGAAUCAGAAAGGUACUUCAGAUUUUCACACCAAAAGUGCUGCUAGUUGAAAACAUAUAACCAGAUAAAAAGACAUGGCAAACAAUCUUCUGCCAAUUUUUUUUUAUUAAGAGAACACCUUUAAAAAAAGAAAAGAAAAAAAUAAUUCAUUUCAUAUAAUGUAAAGUAGAACUUCUUUGAUUGCCCACUUACUAAUGAAGGGGAUCAACAGCAGGUCAGUGGCUUGGCCUGUCUUUCUCCCCUCAUAAAUUGGGUACAUAUUUCAAAUCACAAUCCAAAGAAGUUCACUGAUCCAAAAUCAUUCACAGACACAGAUACCACCUGAUGAUAUGUUCCUAACUGCUAUUUUUAGAGUGAAUUUCUCCAGUUGCUGCAAGCUGUACAUGAGGAAUAAUGAUUUUUGUUGAUUAUUCAACAUUGGCCCUGAUCCUGAAAUGGGUAGUCACAUGCUUAGAUGAUUUCAUGUACAUCAAUGGGAUGACUUGCAUAUUUCAUAUUAAACACGUAUGAAAAUGUUUGCAAGAUUGGGCCAUUCUCAGUUUCUUUUGGCCACGUAACUUAUUAGCCUAAACACAUAACCAAAAACAAAUAGCAUGAUAUGGACCUGAUCUGUAUUACUGGAUAUAAGAUAGAAAAACAAAGUUUCUUUUUGGCUGAAAAAUGUGUUUGCAUUUGUCAAUGGAAAAGAAGUUUCUAAUAUCGAUAUUAUUGAUAGUGUCUUGACAUUGACAUUUGAUAUACUUUAGGGUUGUCAAUACUUCCAUUAAAAUAAUCUACUUAUAUAGGUUAAUUCAGUUUAAAGUAUUUGCCUGAAUUGAAACUUGGAGGUUUAUGAGAUUAUGUUGCAUCUCAAUUUUUUUAAGUGAUAUGAAUUUUUUAAAAUUACAUAAAAUCUUUUAAAAAUAUGGGGCCAGAUUUUGUCAUCUGCUUUUAAGCAAAAGUCUCUGUUGUUGUCAUUUGAUAUUUCUGCUUAAAAACUCUUGGCAUAAUAUGUCCCAGAGAAAGAGAAAUUACUGGGCGGAAUUAUUUUUUAAAUAUUUGCAUUCCUCAUUAUUUGAAAUAUUAAGUUUGUCAAGUGAUUACUCUAAUUGGUACAUUGAAAUGUACAUGCAUUAAACUGGGUAAAUACUUAUGUAAAAAACUGACUAUAGUUCAGGGACAGAACUGAUUCUGUCACUUAAAGUGCACAUCGUAAAUACACAAUUCUACAAAAAAAUCUGGUUAAUUAUAAAACAUGCUCUAGCUAAACAUUUUAAAAUUGGAGACCUAAAAUUAGUCACCUAAAUUCAAUAGCCCUGCCCUGACAACAUUUAUUGUAGAGGAUGUUCUGCAUAUGAGUUUUCCCAUUGAUAGUAAUGGGACUACUCAAAUGUAUGAACUUAUGCAUAUAAAUAAGUGUUUAUAGGGUUGGGCUUUAAGUUUCUUAAAAGCAGUCAGCCUUUUUAGAAGCACUUGCAUGUUCAUGGAAAUUCAGGGUGUUUGCAAUUUUGAAGAUUAAGUUAGUGACUCUGAUGCCUAAAAAUGCAUUUAGGUGCCUGUCUUUUGACAUCCUUGUUUUUAAAAAAAAAAAUUACGUAAGUUUUUCCUUAAAAUUAUGAAUAUCUACUUGAUUGGAAAAGAUCAUACAUAUUGUUGUGUCUUCUAAUUAUGUGAAAUAAAGAUGAAAUAUUACUUUGACUUUAGGUGACUUAGCUUUUGUUAGUUUAUAUUAAUGUUAUUUAAAAUAGUUUCUUGUAUGCAAUAUGUUGGAAACAUUCGUAUUAAAUUGCUAACAUAUGAGCUUAA